GCGGGCAGGCAUGGAGCCCUGGAGGAAUCGCGCGCCAGCAGCUGCGAGGCCCAAGAAGUCCAUCCUGGGAAGGAAGAUGCGUUGUGGACCCCUGUGCCGAUUCCUGUGGCUUUGGCCCUAUCUGUCCUAUAUUGAAGCCGUGCCCAUCCGAAAAGUGCAGGAUGACACCAAAACACUCAUCAAGACGAUUGUCACCAGGAUCAAUGACAUUUCACACACGCAGGCUGUCUCCUCCAAACAGAGGGUCGCUGGUCUAGACUUCAUUCCUGGGCUCCACCCGGUCCUCAGUCUGUCCAGGAUGGACCAGACGUUGGCCAUCUACCAACAGAUCCUCACCAGUCUGCAUUCCAGAAAUGUGGUCCAAAUAUCUAAUGACCUGGAGAACCUCCGGGACCUUCUCCACCUGCUGGCCUCCUCCAAGAGCUGCCCCUUGCCCCGGGCCAGGGGCCUGGAGAGCUUCGAGAGCCUGGGCGGUGUUCUAGAAGCCUCGCUGUACUCCACGGAGGUGGUGGCCCUGAGCAGGCUGCAGGCGGCCCUGCAGGACAUGCUGCAGCGGCUGGACCUCAGCCCUGGGUGCUGAGGCCUCGGAGGCCUCUCUUGCCCACAUCGAGGAGAGAGCCCUGGGCUCCUGGGUGUCUCUGGGAGAGAGCCCGUGUGGGUGUCCUUUAUCCGGACCCCGGGCCGUUUUUCUCUCAUACCUCAGGGCCACUCUUCCAAAGGUCCAAGCCUCCAAGGCAGGAAAGCAAAGAUAGAAUGCAUGAUGCCAUGCUCACCGGGAAGGGGGACCCACCCGGCAAACAGUGAACUGAUCUGGGUUCUCACAAACGCCUUCCUUCCUGUGCCACCGCCCCCCUCACUGCAUGCUUCAGCGUGACCCGGGGUGAUUUCAGGAGGCACCCGCCGAGCCUUUGGACCAUCAAGUGAGGUUCUGUCUGAGAAUUCUGGGAGCAUCGUGAAGGCGACAUCCACAUAGCUACCAACUCCCAAGCAACACGUUAUUUAUUAUGCCUUUUAUUCUGGAUGGAUUGGAAGCAAAACAUCCGCUUUUCCAGACUCUUUGGGGCCGGCCAGCGCUAGGGAUGCUGGUUCCAAUCCCACUGAUGGGCCUGGCUGAGGCAAACCCAUUUCUAGUGACUUGAGGGCUUUCAAGUUAGUUCUUUGGUAACUGUCUUUGUUUCUACUGUGACGGAUAUGAAAUUACAGUGUUUGCAAUGGCAUUGCCAUGAGCGGAUCUCCAAGGACAAGGUUAUUUCAAAAAAAAGAUGAAUUUUGUCAUCUGUGAUAUAUAGAUGUGUGCACCUGGAGGUGGGGGAACGUGUUAGCGGGAAGGGGAAGGAUCCAGAAUGUUUUCUGAAUUACAUUUGAACCUAAUGGGUUCUUCGGAUUGGGGGGGAGUCAUUUUCUCAUCUCUGCAACCACUUAGUGUGGUUUUCAUGAAAAGAUGACUCCUUCGGGGGGGUGUGGGGGUUUUCCAGCCGCCCAUGGAGGGAGUGGCGCUGAAGAAUGCUUUUCGGGGCAGUUGUGAGCUCUGGCCUUCUUCAGCUUCUGGACAGAGGUCUUUCUUAUCAGGGAGUGCGGAUCCCUCACUGGAGAGAGUGUUCCCCAGAGCAGGGGUCCUUGGUUUGGGCCUUGGAAUGGUCUAGGGAUGAUCCCGCACAGGAUUAACACGGCAGUAGCCCUACGUGGGCUGUGCAUGCCAAACUGUGGUUCUCAUCCGACCGGCUCACCCAAAGCAAGACCAUGUUUCCCACUCAUUCGCGGUGGGUUUUUAUUCCAGUGGGAAGGUCUGUGGGCUUAAGUGGAUGGUCCCAAGACCUGGGCCAGCACUGCUGAGUGCCGGGCCACCAGGCCAGGCCUCCAGGAGUGCCCUUCCCCCGAGAGGUCAUGUCUGGGGGGAGGAAUGAGGAGGCUUGGGUGUUCCACCGUCCUGCCUCUGUGAUGGGGCCAUCACACGCUAGGUGGUGGAUCUGCCCAAGGAAAUUUGGAUCAAAGCUAUCAACUCUGAUUGGUGCUAUGGGCUGGAGAAGCUCACCAAGUAAACGUUAAAAUCCAGUCUUACCCUCAGGGACCUUGCAUUCCAGAUGGUAAAAACUCUACACACCAGCAUGCAAAGGCUGGCCUCUCACCAUGGCAACCGAGCGGCUGACCCAGCCGCUGGCCUCAGUGGGCAGGAAAUGCCAAGCUGAGGGCCAGCGGGGCUCAGGGGCCCGCAGGCUAACCCUGCUUGCACUUGGUAGCAUUUUUGCUUUUCAGGGCACAGCAGAAUUUACUACUGUGUAGCCACAUCCCUUUGAAGCAGCCUAGCUGACAAUUUAAAAAUAAACCUAGGACCAUAGCAGCCGACAGGGAGCCGAGCCAAGACUAUAGAGUUCAGGUCCUCUGACUCCCAGAGUGUCCCUGGAGCCAGGUAAUGCUCCCUGGAGGUAGCGUUGGGCAGGGGAGACCAGGAGAGCUUGCUGGGAGAGAGGAGUUGGAGGCAAUGUUGCAGGAGGCGAGGGAUGUGAAUUGUCUGGAGGGGGGAGGCUGUUUUGUUUGUGCUGAGACACAGGGUGAAGGUAUGUGCAGCCAGAAAGGCAGAGAAAGGAAAGACGGGAGGGAAAGGGACAUGUUGAAGUUUGAUAUCGAAAGGGUUAAGAGUCGAAAGUUCUAGAACAGAGAGAUUCAUGAGAUGGGCAGAGGCAGACCCGUUCUGGAGAAUAGGACCCAGACAGUCAUUACCACGAGGCAGGCUGGGAUCUUUGAAGCCUUUCACUCACCAAAACCUGGCACCAUGGCUCAUUCUCAGAGUGUGAAAGUUCUAAAAUGUAAAUGAUUGUCUUUUUUUGUAACUUAAAAAAAAUUUUUGUUGUUAAAAAAAAUCCAAAUAAAUUAACUUUGCC